AGUAUUUUUUAUUCCCUCCCAUUCCCCUGCAGGCUACAGUCAACUGCUCAGCUCAUCUCUCUCAAAAUCUCUCUCUCUCUGAAUCUCUCUGAUGGGUUUCUUGUGUUCAACAAGAUUCGUCCUCCUGACCCUCCUAAUCUCAGCCAUUCCCAUAGCCAUUCUCAUCUCUCUAGAAUCCGCCACACCUUCCUCCCACCAGUACCACUUCCACUCCGCCGGCUUCCUCCGAGAAUGCUCCAAAUACGACGCCCUCAACAGCCGUUUCAUUGUCUCCUUCAUGGAAGGCGGCCUCGGCAUCAUCCCCAUUUCCAACACCACCACCACUUCAGUCCUCCAUGAGAUUCCCGUUGUCAAAGACGCCGAUUUAUACGGAAAUGCAACUCUGGGGCUCACCAUUGACAGCAAGAGGAACCGCGUCGUGGUCGUCAUAUCGGAUCCGUUUGGGCACAAGUAUAGCGCUGUUGCUGCUUAUGAUCUCACUAAUUGGUCUCGCUUGUUUCUAACUCAACUGAGUGGUCCAGAUACUAUAGGCCCUGAUAAGUUUGCUGCACUCAAUCAUGUAGGAGAUAAAUCCAUGGCAGAUGACGUAGCGGUGGAUGCAGAAGGUAAUGCUUACAUCACAGAUCUGAAUAAGAGUAAACUCUGGAAGGUUGGGGUUAGCGGAGAAUAUUUGUUGCCAAUAGAAAGUCCGAUUUUUUCUCCAGCAGUAUGGUACCACAAGUUAGCAACCCUUAACGGGAUUGUUUAUCAUCCUAAAGGCUACUUAUUAGUUAGUCAUUCAACCACUGGAGAUCUUUUCAAGGUGGAUAUAAUGAACAACAAUGCGGUUAAAUUAGUGAAAAUGAUUGGCAAAUCUUUGUCACUUCCCGAUGGUCUGGAACUAUUAUCUCCAAACAGGCUUGUUGUUGCUAGCAUGUUGGGAAUAAGUUUAGUCGGGAGCAAUGAUGAUUGGGAGACUGCAACUAUACUGGAGAAGGCUCCGGUGGUUAGACACCGUUUCGCCACUGGAGUAACCGUGAAGGAUGCAAAGGUAUAUAUUAAUCACAUGUUUGGUAUGGGAUACCCCAAGAAGAAACAUGUUCUUGCAGAAGCAGUUUUCGCUGUUCUAUAGAAGAAGAUGUUAUUUAAUAUAUUCACAGGUCCUUUCUUAUCCCAUCAUGUAGUCUUCUGUGUUGUAUCAAUCUCAUGAAACGUUGGGUGGUAGAAGAACGUUUUAAUGCUCAGCAGACCCCUAGACCUAGAGUUCAUUUCGUUUGCUGUGAGCAUAUGUUAUUACUUUGGAGACAGACAGUAUGUCUUCGUGUCUCUAACACUUCAAUCUCGAAAAAGUUUGAAAUGGCUAUAUAUGGAUUAUUAGGGUUGUUCAUAACCCAUCUCUUCCACCA